UAAGGAGGCAGAUCACAGAGUGUGGCUGGGCCCUGGAGGCAGCUGGACACGGGGUGGGACCUGGGUCUAGAACCGCUGUGUCCAGGUCCAGCAGCCUAUGCCCCUAGGACACCACACUCUUGGACCGAGUCUUGUCUGCCUCUGACAUUGCCAGCUCGACCAUGGGCCCCGGGCCCCAAGCCUGUGCCAGCUUCCUGUCCCACCUCACCCAGGCCAACAUGGACACGCUCCUGAGCAUGGCAGCCAAGAGGCAGCGGCUGCUGUCCAUGGCUCUAGCCUGCAGGGAGGUUCUCGGGACCGGGCUGCGUCCCGCCUUCCUGGGCCCAGCCUGGAGGCAGGCUCAGCUGACCGUGGUCCACCCCAGGCUCCGGCGGGACACGCAGAAGGCCGCCUGCCCCCCGGGACGGAAGCCUGCAGUGGUGGACGAAAACCUGUUCUUCUAUGCCGACUGGGAGCUAGAGGCCUGCGUGGAUGGGGCCUUGCUGGCCGCCCAGAUGGACCGCGUGAACUCCGUCCCCUUCACCUACCAGCAGUUAGACAUCCUGAAACGCAGGCUGGAUGAGUCCUACCCACAGGGCUACCCCGAGUCCCUGACCAGGCGCUUGGGCCACUUCUUCCUUGCUGUGAGCCUGGAGGACAUCCUCAAGUGGAACGUCACCUCGGUGGACACAGUGACGGCCCUGCUCCGAGCCAGCAGGGGUCGGAGGCUGGACGCUCAGGUGGCUGCCCUGAUCUUCCGCUACAUGAUGGGACGGAACCGGCUGGACCAGGAGGUCCUGGAUGCGCUGGCUGGCUUUCGGCCCACGUACCUGUGUGUGUUCAGCCCUGAACAACUUGUACACCUGCCGCCCAGCGCUGUGGAGUCGGUUGGGCCCCAGGACCUGGACUCCUGCAGCCCGCAACAGCUGGCCAUCCUCUAUCCGAAAGCCCUCUUGGCCUUUCGCAAUGCCAGUGGGCCGGAGUACACCGGGAAGAUCCGGUCCUUCCUGGGUGGGGCCUCCACAGAUGACCUGCGGGCUCUCAUUUGGCGGAACGUGAGCUUGGACAUGGCCACGUUCAGGAAGUUGCGUGUGGAGGCCUUGGUGCCGCUGACCGUGGCUGAAGUGCAGAGCCUCUUGGGCCCGCACGUGGUGGAUCUCAAGUCCGAGGCAGACAGAAGCCCAGUGCGGGACUGGAUCUGCCGGCAGCUGCAGGAGGAUCUGGACACGUUACAGUUGGGGCUUCUCGGUGGUGUCCCCAGUGGCUACCUGCUCCUGGACCUCACUCUCCAAGAGACCCCCUCCGGGGCGCCACGCCUCUGUCCUGGACACCUGCUGGCCGCCAUCUUGCCUCUGCUGCUGACACUGACCUCCCACUGAGGCCACUGUCCCGG